CCCCCCCCUAAUCCCUUAUUCUUGCAAUUUCAUCUUAAUAAUGAACACUCUCUCUGAAGCCUACAAAGCACACCCUCUCCACCUCAGUCACAUUAUUCCCUUAGACUUUUCUUCAGCCCUUAGCUUACCUGAUUCUCACGCAUGGCCUCACUGUCAACCCAAUGAUGAUGCAUCAUCAUCAUCAUCAUCAUCAUCCAUACCCAUCAUAGACCUCAUGGAUCCCAAUGCUAUGGACCUCAUAGGCCAUGCAUGUGAGAAGUGGGGUGCUUUCCAAUUGAAGAACCAUGGCAUACCUUUUGGUGUCAUUGAAGAUGUUGAAGAAGAGGCUAAAAGACUUUUUGCUCUUCCCACUGAACAGAAGUUGAAGGCUCUUCGAUCUCCCGGUGGUGCCACUGGGUAUGGCAGAGCAAGGAUUUCACCGUUCUUCCCAAAGUUUAUGUGGCACGAAGGAUUCACCAUCAUUGGCUCUCCCUCUCACGAUGCCAAAAAGAUAUGGCCUAAUGAUUAUGCACGCUUUUGUGAUUUGAUGGAGAAUUAUGAGAAGCAAAUGAAGGUUCUAGCGGAUAGACUAACAGAGAUGAUAUUCAACUUAAUGGACAUAAGUGAGGAAAAAAGAAAGUGGGUUGGUGCAAGCAACAUAAGUGAAGCUGUUCAGUUAAAUUUCUACCCAAGUUGUCCCGAGCCAAACCGAGCCAUGGGCUUAGCCCCUCACACCGACACUUCUCUCUUCACAAUUCUUCACCAAAGUCAAAUCACUGGUCUUCAAAUCUUCAAGGAAGGAAAAGGGUGGGUUCCUGUGCACCCUCACCCUAAUACCCUGGUCGUGCACACAGGCGAUCUCUUGCACAUCAUUUCCAACGCAAGGUUUCGCUGUGCACUUCACCGCGUAACGGUGAAUAGGACAUGGGAACGUUACUCUGUGGCUUAUUUCUAUUCUCCACCGAUGGAUUAUGUAGUUUCUCCUUUGGUUCACUCUGUUGCUCGUUUUCGUGAUGUGACUGUGAAGGAGUAUAUUGGGAUUAAGGCUAAGAAUUUUGGAGAAGCAUUGUCCUUUAUUAGUACUUGAAACUAUGUAUGUAUCUUAUGAUUUUGUUAUAUGUAUUAAUUCCUUAAAUAUUUAUCUAGCUAGAUACUUUAUUAAUUUGCUUCUUUGUAAAUUUCCCAUUUCUGUUAGUUGUUAGGAAGUGCUAGAUAUAUAUCAGACUUAGGAAAAUGACGUGGUAAGAAGGAUUGGGAACAGUUUCACAUUUUAAGUGCAAAGUUGAUGUCUCGUUAACUUUA